AACUAUGGAAGUCGCAGCCUAUAUGCCUUACCGCCAACACACUUUCCAACCGGACUUCAACCCGCACUACAGCCAAUAUCAGGAGUCUCGGAGUCAGACCUCUCAUCCGGUGUCAGUGCACUCUGUCAUGGCAAACCAAUACCAAGACGUCAGACGUGCAGGUCCGCGUGAGGCACCACAGCUGAGCUCUACUAUGAGUACGGUCCCAACAUCGCAGGACGAUAUGAACAAGCCUUCUCUUCCAUCGAUCUCAAACCUCCUGGGCAUAGCAGAUGGAGACAAAGCUUCACAAUCCAGCCAAGAGACUGCGCAAGCGCAGGCCUAUUACUCGUCAGCUCCUACGGAACCUGCGUUCGGCCAAGGCUACGUAACGCUGGCAGAACCGAUGACUUCGACUAGAGGACCAUUACCUCCAUCGCCACCACCGAUGCGCUCAGAUUCGGUGGUCGAAACUGCUCACAGUCCUACUUCAGUGGCCGGGCAAUCCUACUUCCUUGGAUCAUCUCUGAAUAACAUGGAGCCCCAUCAGCAGAGAUCGAUGCCUGUAAAGCGUCAUUCUGUGCCGAUGCCAAACGGUGGCAUGUACACAACAUCACCUUACGCUAUUGCUGCCUACAACUCAUCACCUAGCGCGAUGUCGACCAGCUCUUACUACUCGGCCGACGGUGUAUACGGUAUGAACGGUGUCUACCAACAGCGACCGCUGCCGUCAAACUUUCCUCCGGUCAUGCCGGGCGCUGUGAUUGCAGCAUCCAGUAUUCCCGCACCAAACAUGUGGGAACAUCACCAUUAUAUUGCUCCUUCUAGCCAGGCAACAUACCCCCAGUCACAAGAUCGCUAUGUGUGUCAGACUUGCAACAAAGCAUUCUCGCGGCCGAGCAGUCUAAAGAUCCACAAUUACAGCCAUACUGGAGAGAAGCCUUUCAAGUGCACCCAGCCAGGUUGUGGAAAGGCAUUCAGUGUCCGGAGCAACAUGAAACGACACGAGAGAGGUUGUCACGCAGGAUCAUCCAACAUGAUGGCU